ACUCUUCAUGUUUUAAACCAAAAACAAAAAACAAAAAACUCUUCAAAUCCUGAUUUUGGAGAAGAACAUAGAUACGCAAAUCGAUUCCUUUUCAUCACGCAACAUCAACAAAUCGGAAAAUUUUCUGGGUUUCUUCUGAGAAAUUCGAAAUUUUAUUGAGAUGGGAGAAGGUGAAGAAGGAGACAAAUUCCCGCCAAAAACGGAUGAGGUUACACAAGAGUCUAUGAAGUCGGCGAGGCAACUCGAUUUUACUGGUGUGGAGUAUUCACAGUCUAAUCAACCUCCGGUUACAUCUUCUUCGACGGCUUCUGCAUCAAUCCCUUCACCGGUUACGCGGCCAAUUACCAGUCAGGCAAGACCGGUUACAGCGACUGUGGCGACUCCGAUUCCACCGCCGCCACAAUCUCAGGGCAUCCUUCACGUCCCAAUUAGACAUCCGCCUGUGGGGGAAGCUAGAGAUGGAACCCCUCAGAAGAAGAAACAGUGUAACUGUAAACACUCACGGUGCUUGAAGCUGUAUUGUGAAUGCUUUGCAUCUGGCUCUUAUUGUGAUGGUUGCAACUGUGUAAAUUGUCACAACAACGUUGAAAAUGAGCCAGAGAGACGAGAAGCGAUUGGAUCAACUCUGGAACGGAAUCCGAAUGCGUUCAGGCCUAAGAUUGCUGCUAGUCCACACGGCGGACGAGAUAACAGGGAGGAGGAUGGUGAAGUUGUGAUGUUAGGGAGACACAACAAAGGCUGUCACUGCAAGAAAUCUGGAUGUCUUAAGAAGUAUUGUGAGUGUUUUCAAGCAAACAUUCUUUGUUCUGAGAACUGCAAAUGCUUGGAUUGCAAAAACUUUGAAGGAAGUGAAAUUAGACAAUCUCUCCUUCACGGUGAACAUUCCCACAACGUGGCUUAUCUUCAACACGCAAAUGCUGCCAUAACCGGAGCUAUUGGUUCCUCUGGCUUUGCAUCUGCUCCAGCUCCUAAGAGAAGGAAAGGUCAGGAGAUUUUUUUUAACCAAGGACCCAAAGAUUCAUCCACUCAUAGGCUUGGCCAGGCAAAUAGUGGAAGAACCACAUCUCCGAAAACUGGUUCUCAUGCUGGAGGCAAUGCGUCGUUAGGCCCAUCCAAAGUUGUAUAUAGGUCUCUUUUGGCAGACAUAAUUAAACCGAAGGAUGUGAAAGCACUCUGUUCUGUUCUGGUUGCUGUAGCUGGGGAAGCUGCAAAGACAUUAACAGAAAAAAGAUUAGCAUAUCAGAAAGAAACUUCUGUAGCUUCUUCUGUGCAAGAUCAAGGACACAGCAAUAAUAAAGGUACCGAGGGUGAAAAAGCUGCGAGUGGAAAUCAAGCUGAGAAAUCUGGUCCAGAUGGCUCCAAAGGGAGGUCACUAUCUCCAGAAACUUUGGCAUUGAUGUGUGACGAACGGGACACAAUGUUAAUGGUUGCAGCUUCACCUAAUUGUUCGGUGGAGCCUCCCUCACAGCUACCAAAUGGGCAAGACCAGGUUUAUGCAGAACAAGAGAAAGUAAUAUUAACCAAGUUCCGUGACUGCCUUAACCGAAUUAUCUCCUGCGGAGAAGUAAAAGAAUCAAAUUGUCUGAUGUCACGAAUGGAUCUAGAUACACCUGUACACACUGCUGUCAACGACCCAGUGGUUCAUCAAAGACCAGUUGCAAAUGGAGUUUCACAAACCGCAAAACAACCUUCCCAUGAUGCUUACUGUGGAACAUACAUGCUAUUGUCUGAUUCUGAUACGUUUUAGGAACCUGAUGUUAACUUCAUCUAGAGAUUUGAAGAAUAAAUAAACCAAAUCAAAUUUUGGUCUUUUUUUGAUCGAGGAUUUAGUCAAUUCUUGUAAAAAUGGAAGAAAUUUUUCAAUACUUU